AUGAGGUGGUGUGAUGAACCAAACAGAAAUGGGUUUGUUGUUCUUGAGCCAAUUGAAUUGUCAGCCAAAUACUUACCAAGAUUUUUUAAACACAACAACUUCUCAUCAUUUGUUCGUCAGUUAAAUAUUUAUGGUUUCCACAAAGUUGAUCAUCCUCAAGGACAAUGUUUCCAACACCCAAAUUUCUGUAGAGAUAAGCCAGAAUUACUAACUCGUAUUCAAAGGCAACAUAGUAAAAAGGCUGACGCUGAAAAUACUGAAUUAUAUAAAAUGUUAUUAGACAAAUUAAGAGAAUUACAAAAAGACUCUCUUCAUACUCAAAAUGAUCUUCAACAAUUGAACGAAAUGCUUUUUACCCUAAAAUCUCGUGUUGAUAACUUAGACACGAGAAUGCAAAGAGUCGGCCAAUUCAUUAACUUUUUUAAUCCAAACUUUAAACCAUUCAAAAGAGAGCCUUCAUUCGAUACAAAAAAUAAGGACUCCUUAAUGACUGGAAUGAAUCCUUGGGAAUAA